AUGGCAGAACAGAUUGUAUGCUUUGUGAUCGACAAGUUAAUUCAACUACUCAUCGCCACAGAAGCAAACCUUUCGAGAAAUGCACGUACUGAAGUUGGUUUCAUCAAAGAUGAACUCGAAAGCAUCCGAUCAUUCCUCAAGGAAGCAGAUGCUAUGGCUGCAGCAGCAGAUGGAGAGACGGGGAAUGACGGUGUCAAAACUUGGGUCAAUCAAGUAAGAGAAGCAGCUUUUUACAUUGAAGAUGUCAUUGAUGAAUAUUUGCUCCGCAUCUUAUGGCAUCAUCAACACACCAUGGAUUCCUUCGUUUUUUUCCACAAAAUUAUCCGGUUGGCUAAAAAAAUGAGAUCAAAGGAUGGGAUAGUUUCGAAAGUUGACAGUAUAAAAAAAUUGGUUCGUGAAAUCAAGGAGAGAAGUGAAAGAUAUGGAUUCAAAUCCAUUGAUCAGCAAGGCCAGAGCAGUGGAGAAAAGACUCUACUGUCGAACGACCCUCGAGUGGCUUCCCUUUUCAUUAAGGAAGCUGAAAUUGUGGGGAUUGAAUCUGCCAGAGAUGAGCUAACUCGUUUGUUGGUAGAAGGAGCGACGAGACGUGAAGUGAUAUCAGUGGUUGGCAUGGGAGGACUUGGGAAAACCACUCUUGCCAAGAAAGUGUAUGACCAGCCGAAGGUGAUGGCACACUUUGAUUGCUAUGCUUGGAUUACAGUGUCCCAGUCGUACAGGGUUGAGGAUCUUCUGAGGACGGUAAUCAAAAAGUUCUACAGUUCAAGGAAGGAGCGUUUCCCAGAGGAAAUUGACACAAUGGAUGAGGAGUCCCUGAUUAGCACAUCGAGAGAGUAUUUGCAGCAAAAGAGGUACAUUGUUGUGUUUGAUGAUGUGUGGAAAGUAGAUUUUUGGGGGGCAAUAGAACAUGCUUUACCCGAUAAUGAAGGCGGACGAAUAAUUAUCACUACACGGAUUCAAGAUGUUGCCAACUUUUGCAAAAGAUCUUGUUUUGUUCAUGUUCAUCACUUGCAGCAUCUGCCUCCAAACAAGGCAUGGAAAUUGUUUUGUAGGAAGGCAUUUCAGUUUGAAUUGGAGGGAAAGUGUCCUGAAGAGUUGGAAGAGUUGUCUCUUAACAUCGUCAAAAGAUGCGAAGGACUACCUUUGGCAAUUGUUUCCGUAGGUGGUCUGCUGUCAACCAAAGCUAAAGUUGUGUCUGAAUGGCAGAAGUUAUACAAUAGCUUAAGUUCAGAGUUAGAAAGCAAUCCCCACCUUACAAGCCUCACAAGAAUCCUAUCCCUCAGCUAUCACCAUCUACCGUAUUACCUCAAAUCUUGUGUAUUAUACUUUGGCAUCUUUCCUGAGGAUUACUCAGUUAGUUGCAUAAGAUUAGUUCGGUUGUGGAUCGCUGAAGGCUUUGUGAAACCGAAGAUGGGCAAGACACUAGAAGAGGUUGGAGAGGAAUACUUGAUGGAGCUAAUUCACAGAAGCCUGGUUCAAGUUUCAGAAGUUUACAUUGAUGGAAAAGCUCGAGGUUGUAGAGUUCAUGAUCUAUUGCACGACGUCCUCCUUAAAAAGGGGUUGGAUUCCAGCUUCUGUCAUGUGUUUAUCAAAAGGCAAGUUGACUUUUAA